AUGUCGGAUUCUGGAGAGCCAGUCGUGAGCAAGAACAAAGCCCAUCGGAAGGAUAAGCCAUGGGACACGGAUGAUAUUGACCAUGUAAGUUAUCUGUUACCUCGAGUUGGCAGCUCACGAACGUAUUGGCAGUGGAAAGUCGACCCAUUCCAGCCGACGGACAACAAGGCUGGUGCGUUCACUGAAGAAUCGUCCUUUGCUACGCUUUUCCCCAAGUACCGAGAAAAAUACCUUCGUGAAGUCUGGAGUGCGGUUACUCGAGCAUUGGAUACACAUGGAGUAGCAUGCACACUUGAUUUGGUCCAUGGUUCCAUGUCCGUGAAGACGACGAGAAAAACCUACGACCCUUACAUUAUUCUCAAAGCCCGCGAUAUGAUCAAACUUUUGGCGCGUGGUGUGGCUGUCUCGCAAGCGGUAAAGAUUUUGGACGACGCGGUUGCGUGUGAUAUCAUCAAGAUUGGGACGUUGGUGCGGAACAAGGAGAGGUUUGUGAAGCGGAGGCAGAGGAUUAUUGGACCGGAUGGGAGUACGCUCAAGGCCAUUGAACUAUUGACGAAUUGUUAUGUGCUGGUGCAAGGAAGCACAGUGAGCGUGAUGGGUCCUUACAAGUCGCUCAAGGAGGUUCGACGAAUAGUUCUCGAUUGUAUGAAAAACAUACAUCCCAUAUACCGCAUAAAGGAGCUCAUGAUCCGGCGCGAGCUGGCGAAAGACCCUAAACUCGCAACGGAGUCUUGGGAUCGGUUCCUCCCACAAUUUAGAAAACGGCAUCUCAAGACAUCGGAGAAGACGGCAAAGAAGAACGAGAAACUUGAAGGGAAGAAGGAGGCGUGGAAGGCGGCGGGCAUGGGCGCGGAGGAGAUUGCGAAGAAGGAAAAACCGGCAAAGAAAGUUUACACGCCUUUCCCGCCUGCGCAGCAACCUCGCAAGGUCGAUCUGCAAUUGGAGUCGGGAGAGUACUUCCUCAAGGCGACUGAGAGGGAAGCUCAGGAAACGGAGAAGAGAAAACAAAAGCAAGCAGAAACGACAGAAAAACGCCGUGCGGAACGCGCAGAGGCCUUCAUCGCGCCUGUGGAAAAAGCCGAGCAGACUGUUGAAGAGAAAAAGAGGCAUCGCAAGCGGACGGCAAUGGAGCUGGAGAUGGAUGCUGAGGAACCUGAUGGGGUCGAAAAAAGCAAAAAGAAGAAAAAGAAAAGACAUGAGAAGAAGGGUGGUGGUGAUGAUGAUGAUUCAUGA